GGCAAAGAUGAUAAGCACCGCAAAGCUUCCACCUUCCUCCGCCAAUUCCAUCUCUCUCUUCACCGCCACUCCUUCUCUCUCAUCCUCCUUCAAAACCCAGCUAUGCUUCUUUCCCACUUCCUCACUCUUCCUCUCCCGCGUCCACCUCACGCGCCACCGCCUCCCCGUCCUCCGCGCCCAGAAGAGCCGCAAGUUCGGCCUCCAGUCCGUGCGGAAGAAGCGCAAGGGCGGCAACAAGCUCCUCGAAAUCGACGACGACUCCGAUGAUGACGAGGCGGACGGCGGAGGAGAUGAGGCGCUGGAAUUGGGACUCGGCGGCGGUGACGACGACGACGACGACGAAGGUCUCCUGGUGCCGUUCGGGGAGAUGAAGAAGUGGCUGGAGAAGAAGCCACGUGGAUUCGGCGAAGGCAAAGUUUACGAUACUCCGAUUGAGGACAAAUUGCUUGAGGAAUUACAGGCGCAGGCUGAGACUGCAGCUAAGGUCAAAAACGACGCCGUAAAGGCCAAUGUUCAGCCUAAGAAGAAAGCUGAUGAGGUGGUUGUUCCGGCUGGAGUGAGGGUGAGGGUGACAAACCUGCCCAAGAAGAAGAAUGUGCACCGGGAUUUGACUGCGGCGUUUAAGAUGGUGCCGGGUUUGCUGAGCAUAAACCCGGCUGUGACUGGGAACAAGAAGACUAAGGACCCUGUUUGCAAGGGGUUUGCUUUUGUGCAUUUCAAGACUGAGAAGGAUGCAGCUAGGUUUGUGGAAACAUUUUCUUCGCAGAGUAUUACAUUUGGGAAAGUUCAGAAGGAGAUAAAAUGUGAGGUGGUUGCUUCAGCGGAUUCUGAUGUGGAACAAUCUAAACCUACUCCUCGACCAGCUGGUCCUCGACUACGUGCUCUUAAACCUGUAACAGUUAACCAUACUGUCCGUGGUUCUAAAUUGGCAACAGAUCCUGCUCCUAAAACGUCAUCCAGUAGCUCUACUAAUUCACAACUUAUCGUGUCUGCAUUUGGAGACCAGGAAGUGGAUUCUGACUUGGAUGAUUCUUCCCUGGACACACUGGCAGAGAAUGUUUCUGAUGAAUAUGAUGGCUCUGAUGUUGAAAUUCUUGAACCAGAACUGGAAGAUUUCAUGGAGAAUCUUAAAAAGUCAGGAGACUAUCUUGAUGCUCAACUGACAGCUGCAUUUGGAGAUGAGGAGGUGGAUUCUGACUUGGAUGAUGUUACUAUGGACACAAUGGAUGAGACCGUCUCUGAUGAGGAAUAUGAAGGCCCUGAUGUUGUGAUUCUUGGACCAGAACAGGAAGAAUAUAAGGAGAAUCUGCAAACUUCCUCUGUGGCAGACCUAAAUGGUGGAGACAACAAUAUCAUUGAAUUAACAACAGAGUCGGAGUCUUUAGCUGAGACGUCAACCUCAAAGCAGUUAGUUGAUAAGAGUAAAGAAGAGAAGGCGCCUCGCAAAAAGCAAGCUGUGAAAACGAAAGUAGAAGGGACUCCUAAGAAGAAGAAGGUAACUGUGAAAGAAAAGGCACCCAAAGUUCCAAAGUUGGUCAUCCCUGGGUCUUCCAAGAGGUUAAAGGUCAAGGAGAAGGCUGUUCUUACCGAUGUGUUCUCAAAAUAUGGAUUAAACCCUGCUUUGGCUUCAACUGAAGAUAGUUAGGCAGUACGGAUCGAGGCCUUUGUAAUCUUUUUGUGUGUCUCAACUCUCAACUAGGAGUUGGAUCCUGCGUUGGCUUCAAAGGAAGAUAGUUAGGCAGUAACGAGGCCAAUGUAAAUCUUUGGUCAACCUGACACAAUUAGCAUCAACAUGGAGAGUAGCUGUAUAACGCAUUAAGCAAGUGAAUGAAUGAAUGUGUUUUCACCAACC